AUGUCGCUUAGCAGGUGGCAAUUAGGCAUUCAACAGUCUUACAAACGAUGCUUUCCCACAUCUUUUAGUGCUGGUCUUUUAGUGCAUCCUAAUAUCACCAGAAUAGCUCAAUUACGGUGCAAUUCGACUCAAAAUCAAAGUAAGAAUCAAGAACCUGUGGGUCCACCUCAAAACCUAGAUAGAUUGCACAAGUUUAUAGCCAAAUCCCGGUUUCUGACCAAGCUGAACGAAAAGCCCAAAUUUCGUGCUUAUUUCGACAAACUGGCACACACGAGCCCUGUCAGCACCAUUACGUCGUUUCUGAUUCUGCAUGAGAUCACGGCAAUUGUUCCACUCUUUGGGCUGUGGUGGGCUCUAUACAAACUGAAUCUGGACGAGCAGUACAACCUGCCCGUAUAUUUCAAAGAGCUGCUGAACCAGUGCGGAGACUCCAUCGAAAAGCUGGUCGACAAUUACGACCAGGGCUUCGACCGUAACCGUCUCAUUCUCUCGGGUGCGGUUUCGUACGCCAUUGUCAAAGUUCUGUACCCCAUAAGGGUGCUAGUAAGUUUGUGGGCGGCGCCGUUCUUCUUGAAGUGGGUUCUGGCUCCAUUUCGAAAGCUCGGCCAGCUCUUCAAGCGUCAGAAGCCAGCCAAUCCCACGGAUUUGAACGAUAAAUAA